AUGGCUGCUAAUCAGAUCGCCGCCGUAGCACUCCUCCUCGGCCUCGCAUUGCCCUCCGUUCUCGCGGGGAAUGCCAACGGCGCAGCGACAUCCUCCCAGUCGAACUACAACUACGACGCGAACGGCAACAUCAUCCUUUCCACCGCGGGCAACAACAAUCAGAACGGCAACGGCCAAGGCACAUCGGCUGCCGUAAUCGACUGGUACAACGACCAGGAAUACCCGACGUGUCCGCUCAAGGCGUGCCCCCCUUUUAAGCACUACUGCUCUGGCGGCAUGUGCAACGACACUGCCGGCAUUCUCGGCCGUUGGAGGCUUCCCGAGCAAUCCGCCAACGUGUGUCCCCCGGGGCGCGCCAACCCGAAGCCCAACAACGAGUGGUGCAUCGCGUCGCUUACGCCGUCGCAGUGUUGCAAGGCGUGCUCCGAGAGCAAGGAGCCGUGCGCCAUGUGGCAGCACUACAUUGGAACCGUGAAUCCCUCGGGCAAGUGCCUCAAGUGCGGCAUCUGCUGGCUGUACCCGCCCGGCACGGCGCCGCGUUGCGAGACGCAGCUGGACAACAACAACGGCUACCGCAUCAAGUACAACUGCUCGCGCGUCGGCGGCAGCUGCCCCUACACCAAGAACGACCCGCAUUUCCAGGGCGCACUGGGCACGCGCUUCGAGUUCAAUGGCGCUCCGGAGAAGACGUUCUGCCUGCUGACGGACCGCAACGUGCAUGUGAACAUGCAGAUGCGCGGGUAUUACGACACGCGCACCGUCGGCGCGACGGUUCUGCGCAACGGCAAGGCGGUGCGCACGUGGAUCCGCGCGCUCGGGUUCGUGUGGCGCGCGGCGGCGGGGGAGGCGGAGCACAAGCUCCGCCUGGUGGCGCGCGCGGGGAAGCAGCAGGAGCGCGGAGAAGGGUUCCUGGAGCUGGCUGAAAUGGACGGGGAAGAGCUUUCCCGGAUGACUCAGCAGGGCGAGGCGCUCUCUCUCCCCGGAGGUCUCACGUUCACGUUCGUCGGGAUUGAAACGGGCGGCGCGUUCGUUAAAGACGUGUACCGUGUGACAAUAGCGGGGCUUCUGGACAUGGAGAUCAAGCUACGCGUCGCGCACCCUCUGUUGCAAACACCUGACGACGCGGAGACGCACAUCAACGUGGCGUUCGACUCCGUCGAGGCGACCAAUCAGGUGCACGGAAUCAUGGGGCAGACGUACCGCGAGGGGCGCGCGAAACGCGCCAUGGAUUACAACACGCUCGCGCACGCGCUGGGGCGGCCCGUCGCGGCGGACGCGGCGGAAGGAGCGGGGUUCCUGGAUGGCGAGACGGCGGAUUACGAGUCUACCUCGGUGCUUGCUGCGGACUGCCGCUUCUCCGCGUUUCACGGCAAGGCGCUUCCCCUUCCCCGCACUCAGUAG